AUGCAUCCUCGAGCUGGGGUCCAGCUCGACAUCAUUGUUGUCGGCGCAGGAUUAAGCGGUCUUGCAGCGUCCAUCGCGGCCGCCUUGUCCGGACACUACGUAACGGUCAUCGAAUCCGCCCAGGAGCUCCGGGAGGUCGGCGCUGGGCUGCAGGUCACCCCAAACUCCUCAAGAAUACUGAAGAGAUGGGAUGUGUCAGAACGUCUUUGGAGAUCCGUUGCCGAACCAACCUCUUUGACUGUGCAUCGGUACUCGGGCAAGAUUCUUGCGCAUGAGCCCGAAUUCAACAAGAAGAUUCUCUACAAGUACAAGUCGCCUUUUAUCGACGUGCACCGUGUCGAUCUUCAACUGUCCCUAUACGAUCGUGCCAGGGAGUUAGGCGUACAAUUCAAACUUGGUGAAAAGGUCAGCAAUAUCGAUUUUAGUGUCCCAGAAGUCAUAACCGAGUCGGGCCUGAAGACAAAAGCCGACCUUAUCAUCGCUGCGGACGGCCUGUGGUCCCAAUGCCGUGCCUGCGCCUUCGGGAGAAGUGAUCCACCACGACCCACUGGCGACUUGGCGUACCGUCUUGUGAUUGACCUGGAUCAGAUAAGUGAGCCUAAGUUAAGAGACUGGGUCAGCAACCCUACCGUGCAUUUCUGGAUUGGACCUGGCUCUCAUGCCGUUGGAUAUUCCCUGCGAGCUGGAAAGCAGUAUAACAUCGUGCUCCUUGUUCCGGAUGAUCUUCCCGAGGGCGUAAGCAAACAGCCUGGAUCUGUAGAGGAAAUGAAGGCAUUGUUCAAGGGCUGGGAUCCAACUCUUAGCCGAUUUCUGGAUAUGGUCGAUCAUGUUGACAAAUGGAGACUGAUGCACAUUGACGAGCUCCCCUCCUGGGUUAAUGAGAAGGCGAACCUCGUCUUUGUGGGCGAUGCAUGCCAUCCCAUGCUGCCAUAUCUCGCUCAGGGGGCAAACUCGGCUAUUGAAGAUGGAGCUGUUCUGGGUCUCCUCCUCGGCCACAUCAGGUCCAAAUGCCAGCUACCUAAAGCUUUAAAGAUGUACGAGAGGCUACGGAAGGCUAGAGGGGAUGCUAUUGUCAAAGAAGCGUUCAAACAGCGUAACGAUUUCCAUCUGCCAGACGGGCCAGCACAGGAAGUACGAGACAAUAUAUUCCUCUCGCAGCUGGGUAAAGAGCUGGAGGGCCCCUUUCCUAGCAGAUGGACAUGCCCUGUUGUUCAGCCCUGGCUAUAUGGCUACGACGCUUACGAUGAGGUGGAGAAAUCGUUGAAGGCGGAACAUAGAGGCGACAACAACAUCUAG